UCAUAAAGGCGAGGUAGGCGCGGAGGCUGCCGGGCGGCGAGCGGCGGUGCGGGAGGUCUCGGCUACCCCCUCCCGCCGGCGGCGGCGGCUCCUCCCCCCGCUGCACGAGGCACGCCGGGCGGAGGAGGGCCGCGCCGCGCCUCCUCCGGUCUCCCCGUAGCCCCCGAGCGGGCCCGGCGGCGGCAGGUGGCCGUUCCCAACAUGAGCAGCGAUACACCACACCUGUCCCCAGGGCUGGGAGCAGGACACAGCUUUCUGGCAGAGCUUCCUACCGAGCUGUGAGUCCUUUGUCAUGGCCAACAAGAAGGAGCCUCCUUUCUUCAAUGAGGAUAACAUGGGACCAUUUCACUGCAAACUUCCCUUCUACGAAACCAUGGAGCUCUUCAUUGAAACGCUCACAGGAACGUGCUUCGAGCUGCGAGUUUCGCCCUUUGAAACGGUGAUUUCCGUGAAAGCCAAGAUUCAGAGGCUGGAAGGUAUUCCUGUCUCUCAGCAGCACUUAAUUUGGAAUAACGUGGAACUGAAGGAUGACUAUUGUUUGAAUGAUUAUAACAUUUCAGAAGGCUGCACUCUGAAGUUAGUUCUGGCUAUGCGAGGUGGACCUAUUAACACUAGAAGAGUUCCUGUAGAAGACCCUAUAAGGGAAAUAGCUGAAUGCAUGGAUCCCAGCAGAGAUGAGAUCUGGGAGAAAGGACCAUCUAACAAACAAGUUACCUUCUUAGUAUAUCGAGAAGGAGAUCAGUUGAAUUUCUUCCGUGUAGUAGACCGAGGAGAUGGUACUUUAACACCAUUGUCUGAAUCUUUGAGCGGUGGCUCAGUUUAUAACUUAUAUGCCGAUGAUGAAGAUGAGACGGAGGCAUCACCUUCUGGCCAACAGAUUAUUGAAAAUUCAAUUACUAUGAAUAAAAUGAAACUGCUUAAAGCGAAGAUGGAGAACAUGAAUCUAAGUAAAAAGCCUAAAAAAACUGUCAAGGUGAAACCUCGUCCUCCAACAGCUCCUAGACCAUCUAGUGGCUCAGCGGCUGCUGCUCGUCACCGGUUUUUAAGAGUGCUCCCUCAUAUCGGACAGUCCUGCCUACCUCCUGGGAAUUCAUAUCCUUCAGAGUCUUCCCAAAAUGCACUUACAGCGUUGGCUUCUUUGGCUACUUCUGGUAGAACUAUGCCAUCCCCAGCUAAUGACUUUCUCAAGGAAGACGACACUUGGCAGAGCAAUUCUUGGUCUCAGUCAGUUAGUAGCAUCAGGUUACCACCGAAAAUAUCUCGUGUUGAACUAGAAAAUGCAAAAGUACCUACAAAUAGUGUAUUGUCUCCUGUUCCAUCUCUGCCUGCAAAUUUGGAAAAAGUGUCUGAAAAUGUGACUUCAACAACAGAGGAGGAUUCUGUUUUGUAUCCAAAUCUAACAAAUGUAGAACUGUAUGGCACAGAAGAAAAACUUCUAUCUGAAACAGAUACUUUUGCUUUGUUUACAGAAGCAAAUGCCACUGAACAGUGUGGUGAGAUAUAUGCCAUGGGAAAGGUGAACCCAGAACUUGAACUCUCUGAUGGAGAUGAAGAAUCUAAGGUUAUAGAACAGCACAAAAAACCUAUAAGUAAAGUACUGAGCACUGCAGCAAUGGGAACUGGACUUCUCAGUACUCGUCAAUUAAGUCCUCAGAAAAGUAUGCUUUUGUCACCUCUUUGGUAUUCAUCACAAGUAGCACAUCAUAGUUCUCUGAAACCACAAACGCAACCCAAAAGCUUUGAGUCUGGUAACUUGAGAUCUACAACCUCACCAGACACACUCCGAUCUUUGGAAGUCCGUAGUAUAGCAGACUCUUCUUUUUCUAGGACUGCUAGAUUUCAUAGUUUGAAACUAGAUUCGCUUAGCAAAAGACCUGAUAAAAUUGCUAAAGCAGAAGCUAGAGACAUUGCAGACGUGGGUAACAAGGCAUCCAAAGAACCUGUGAGUUCUGUGAAUAACUUAGGAUUUCUAGCUUCGCUGGCCCGAAGUGCAAGCAGGGAAAGUUUACGGAGUUCUUGUGGGACUGGCAGGUUUCGGACUUCUGGUAUUGCACUACCUACAAACCUUCAGAAUUUUCAUGAAGAAAGCUUUAGGAAAAGUGCUCCUCCAAAUGAAGCUGCUGAAUAUAUUCUAUCUGCGCAUGGGCUUGGAAUGAAUGGAAGUAAUGCAGCUGUAGGGAAAAGAGUAGCAGGUGAAGCAACCCAUCUUCCACCUGUGAAUGGCUCAAUUCAAGCAAAAAAGAAAAUUGCAAAGCAUUGCUUUCUCUGUGGCAAGAAAACUGGAUUGGCAACGAGCUAUGAGUGCAGAUGUGGAAACAAUUUCUGUGCAACUCACCGCUAUGCAGAGACUCACACCUGCACCUACGACUAUAAGAGUGCAGGGAGAAGGUAUUUGCAGGAGACCAAUCCCAUUGUUAGUGCACCAAAGCUUCCCAAAAUCUAACGUGGCUGUGCUGCAUGUGGCCAUUCUGCCGUUGAAGAGUUGUAUUUCACUGAGAGAAGCACUUGCUUAAACUGCAUCAUUUUGCCAUGCUCCAUACCUGAGGAUUUGCCAAGUAUCAAAAGCACACAAGGAUGCAUCCUAUUGGAGAAUAAUGUGAACACUACUGCGGUUACAACUUUUCUUCUUUGCUGAAUGAAAAGUUAGUUUUUAAAAACUUACACCAUGAUUUAACUGUUACUGCACGUCUUGUGUUGUGUUUUAUAUUUGGAAAAGGUAUUUCACUAGACAAGUCUUUUAAAGAUGCACUUUACUAACUUAAUUUACGAUAUAACCAGACUUGAGGGGGUGUGGUUAUGAGGGUGUCAUGUAAUGUCUUCUGUACUUUUGCAUUUUUUGUCCAUUGCGUGCUAAGUUAUUUCACUGGGAAGAUCCUCUUCCCUUCCCAUUUUUCAAACUGCCUGUUUUGAGCAAGGCAGUAGUGUACUCUGCCUCUUGUUCCAUUCAGAUUGGUAUUCAUACAUUGUGUAUCCAUUCUGAAAACAACAUAUCAUGUUAAUCACAUUUUCUUAAAAUAAUACUGUUUAUAUUACAAAUUUGUUUUUAAAUAGAAAAUCCCCCUUGAUGACAUUAAAUAUAAGGAACAACAUAUUUUACCUUUUUUUGUAAUUCUAGAUUUUUUUUUUAAGACUUCACAGCUUGGUUUGUUAAGAUGUUGAAUGCCGUUACUGGAAGAAAUUCUAAUAAAUAUUAAAUUUUAUUCUGGC